UUUCGUUGCGCAAUUUGCUUGAUGCGAAAGUGCGACGGAUUUUUCUGAUGAUUGAUAGCAAAUAUUAUUAUUAAUGACCAAGCCAUGGAUGGGAAACGGAAUUCAGACUCAUCUUCUUAUUCUAAUCAUCACUUGAAACGUAAUCAUCAUGAUAAGAAAAGUGACUCGGAUGAUGACAGCUACGUCCCAUAUGUGCCUUUGAAAGAAAGACGCAAACAGAAGGUUGACAGGAUCCAGAAGCUUGUGACUCGUAGGGUGGUUGAGCCGGAUGAUUAUGGACAGAACAAAUAUUUAGAAGAGGAGGAACUGGACACUGGGCCGAGAGCCAAUGUUAGUCUUCUUGAUCAACACUCUGAACUCAAGAAAAAGGCAGAGAGUACAAAAUCAACAGCAUUGGACAAACAACUGGAAGAAGAACAGAAGAUUCUCAACAACAUCCAGGAACAAAGAGCUCUGAAAACUGCAGCAGAAUUGGCCAAAGGCAUCACAUACUCGGAAUCGCUUGUUACGGGAUGGAGACCACCAAGAUGCAUCACGGAGUUGGGCGAGGCCAGACACGAGAGGGUGCGCAAGAAGCUUCAUAUACUGGUAGAAGGGUAUGACAUACCCCCUCCUAUCAAGCAUUUCAAGGAGAUGAAGUUUCCUAAGAGCAUCAUAUAUGGGCUGAAGAAGAAGGGAAUCACUCGGCCUACACCGAUUCAAAUACAGGGUCUACCUGUAAUACUUGAAGGUCGUGACAUGAUCGGUAUAGCUUUCACCGGUUCCGGGAAGACGCUUGUCUUCUCUCUACCUAUCGUCAUGUUUGCUUUGGAACAGGAGAAGAGAAUGCCGUUCAUCAAAAAUGAAGGUCCUUAUGGUCUUAUUAUCUGUCCAUCUCGUGAGUUGGCACGCCAGACCUAUGAUGGUAUCAUGCACUUCAUCAAGUGUUUGGAAGCAGACAAUCAACCUUCCCUGAGGAGUAUGCUAUGCAUCGGUGGUGUGUCUGUCAAGGAACAGAUGGAUACAGUGAGAAAAGGUGUUCACAUAGUUGUUGCUACACCAGGACGGCUGAUUGACAUGCUGAACAAGAAAUGCUUCUCAUUAUCUGUAUGUCGGUAUCUCUGUCUGGAUGAAGCCGACAGAAUGAUUGACCUGGGAUUCGAAGAAGAUAUCCGAACUAUUCUCACAUACUUCAAGAGUCAGAGGCAGACACUCCUCUUCAGUGCUACCAUGCCCAAAAAGAUCCAGAACUUUGCAAAGAGCGCCCUCGUCAGGCCCGUCACUGUCAACGUAGGUCGAGCUGGAGCAGCCAGUCUUGACGUCAUUCAGGAAGUAGAGUAUGUGAAGCAAGAAGCAAAGAUGGUUUAUCUCUUAGAGUGUCUUCAGAAAGCACCGCCCCCAGUUCUUAUUUUUGCUGAGAAGAAAGCAGAUGUAGAUGACAUCCAUGAGUAUCUUCUCCUGAAAGGAGUUGAAGCUGUUGCUAUACAUGGAGGAAAAGAUCAAGAGGAAAGAACCAGAUCAGUUGAGCAGUUCCGAGCACGAGAGAAGGAUGUCUUGGUUGCUACAGACGUUGCCUCUAAAGGUUUGGACUUUCCAGACAUUCAACACGUUAUCAACUAUGACAUGCCAGAAGACAUUGAAAACUAUGUUCACAGGAUUGGACGUACUGGCCGAUGUGGAAAGACUGGUAUAGCUACAACAUUCAUUAACAAAGCUUGUGAUGAGUCUGUGCUGCGUGAUUUGAAGCAUCUGUUGAUUGAAGCCAAGCAGAAACUCCCCCCAGUACUAGAAGCUAUCGAGGAUGAGAAUGAGGAAUAUAUCAAUAUCGGAGAUGAGCGUGGUUGUUCAUACUGUGGUGGUCUUGGUCACAGGAUUACAGAGUGUCCCAAGUUGGAAGCCAUGCAGAACAAGGCAGCCAGCAGUAUUGGCAGGAGAGACUACCUAGCUCAUGGAGCUGCAGACUGGUGAACUGGAGACGUCCAAACUGUCAUCCAAUGGAAAUGGUUUCCUCAAGACUUCUAUGGAAAUAUCUGUGCUAUAAUGAUGUACCAUGAAUGAGUGUACCAUUCCAAAAUGCUGAAUUGAUUAACUUUGAGGAUUUAAGGAGCUGUAAUCCUGCAAUGUUAUGCUUCUAGUAUUCUCAUGUUGGAAGAGACCAUCUGAUGGAUGCAAGAGGGGAGUCUCAGCUCUGAAUCCUUCAAAGAGCAGGCAUAGAUAUCUUCCAGGAGCACUUCUUUCCUAUGGUGAAACCUACCGUGACAUGUUCUUUUUUCUGGUGUCAGUAAAAAGUGAACCCUUUAUUGAUCAGUCAAAGAUGUCAUCAAGAGGCAGUUCUGUCCUAUGGUACAGCCAUCUGGGGAGUUCACAUGUGCUGUGUUUUUGUUUCAGAAAAUUUGAAUGCUUAUGUAGACUGUUACAUGGAUGCAAGAGGGAAUUUACAGCUCUGAACUGUUCACAGGGCAAUCAGAAAUAUCAUUCAGAGGCAAUUAUGUCCUGUAGUGCAGCUGACUGGGCCCUGUCUUACAAAGAGUUACGAUUGAGCUAACCAAUCUCAACUCUAUGGAAAUCCAUCCAUGUCAUAAUUUU